UACAAUAACAUUACCAGUAGCAUAUUAUGAGAUAAGGUGACCCAGCUGAUUGGACAUGAUUUCUGAAGAUGAGUCUGUUGCCUUGGAGAUGGGGGACUAUUCUCCUCAAUAUGAAAAACAGGGUCAAGAUUCAGGCUUCGGUUUGACAUCUGAAAUGCAUAGUCAGAUUGCCGGGAAAAUGUUUGAACUCGGCACAACAAAAGCAAAGGAAGCAUUCAGUCUGUACGGACGGAUUGACAUUUUGCGACCCUACUUUGAUGUUGAACCUAGUCAGGUGCAGAAGAGGCUGAUCAGUGCUCUGAUACCAGAGAAGCUUACGGGCACUCCUCCUGUAAUUGUCAGUGAGCUGUAUGGACCACUAAUGGUGGUGUUAACUCUGAUUGCUGUAAUGUUGGCGGGUAUGAAAGCUACUGGACAGACUGUACAGGAAGGUACUCUAAUGGGGACUGCUAUUGGGACCUGUUUUGGGUACUGGAUAGGUGCUAGUAUCUUCUUCUUUGGUUUGGCUUACUUCUGUGACACCAAUCUCUCCCCUAUCGAGGUGCUGUCACUGUGCGGAUACGGGCUGUUUGGCACGCUACUUUGUAUGGGUCUCUCAACCCUCCUCAUUACCAGCGCCUCCAACUUAUUCUUCUACGCUACCUGGGGUGUACUCGGCGUGUCCUCUGCAGUGCGCAUGGGUUAUGUGUUCCUGGACCGUACAGCUGUUAGAAAACAAGGUCUGACUGUGGCUGUUGUAGUGGCUUCAGUUCACCUCCUCUUUAUUCUUUACCUCAAGUUUGUGUAUCACAAGACUUAUGAGGCGGCUGCUAAAAUAAAUCCUAUUCAUGUCAGAUGAAGGGUAUCUGGGGUGUUUGCGUUUCAAUCUGGAGGUAACUCAGUUUUUAUUAUUGUUUAACAUGGUUUUCAACUAAAACAAAUGUAUAUUUUCGGGAGUAUGACAUUUAUCUCAGUCUGAGUUUUGCAGAUUCAAAAUUGAAGAAUUGAACUAUGUUGCAUCUUCUGCCGUGUCCAUAGCUAAUUAUUAUAAAUCACAAAUUAUUCUAGUUCAGUCUAUUAAAUCAGUUAGUGUAAGUAAUAUAUAAGUAACUUUUGGUUUCCAGUUAAUUUUUAGUUUUUUGAUUUCGAAUUUUUAUCACGACUGUUCAGUAACUAUAUAAAAAUCUGCAUGUUAUUGUCAAUGAAAAGUGUAUUCUAAGUUUUGCUAUUUCACUACACCAA